AUGGAUGACAAUGCACCUCAUAAUGCACCUGGCCCUGUGGAUCCACCUGAUCCCCAACAUGAUCCCCAUCCUGCACAACCACCUCUGGUUCUUCCACUAAUAGCCCCUCAUUGCAGUACACGCCUUUGUCAGCCGGCCCAAUAUGUCCACAAUUUGCUACAGGGAGAAGGAUCAAUAACUGGCACAAAUCAUGCACAAGCCUUACCAAAGGGAAUGCAAAGGCCCACUAAUGAUGAGGUGCACAAACAGGCAGAAGUGCAUGAACAGACAGAAGGUAGGAUUGCAGAUGAAACACUGAGGGAACUGGCAACCAAUGUGGCUAUGAUAGCCCACAUGGCAAAUUUUGAUGGCAUUGAACCAAGGAAUGCUGAAGAAGCCAAGAAACAUCAUGAUUGGGACAAAUGGAAAGAUGCAAUCAGCGAAGAAUUAAACAGGCUUUAG